AAUCCUGCGAUUUGAGCUCACCUCGUUCCCAUCGAAUCGAAUUCCAAAAUUCCGCCAUGCAAUCCCUCAACUCCACCGCGCUCCGCCCCUCCCCUCUGGACCGUCUCCGUGCCGCCUCCCUGCCUGGAUUGACCGCCGCCGCUAGACCUCUCCCCAGCACCAGGAAGCUCCAUUUCAAAAUCUCGGCCUCCGCAGCGCCGCCGAAGCGGGAGACGGACCCGAAGAAGCGUGUGGUGAUCACGGGGAUGGGGCUCGUGUCGGUGUUCGGGAACGAGGUCGACGCCUACUACGACAAGCUGCUCAGCGGUGAGAGCGGAAUCACGCUGAUUGACAGAUUCGAUGCGUCCAAGUUUCCGACGCGCUUCGGCGGUCAGAUUCGGGGGUUCAACUCGGAGGGGUACAUUGACGGCAAAAAUGAUCGGAGAUUGGACGAUUGCUUGAGGUACUGCAUUGUCGCCGGGAAGAAGGCGCUCGAGGGCGCAGAUCUCGGCGGGGAGAAGAUCAAUAAGAUUGAUAAGAUCCGAGGUGGUGUUCUGGUCGGGACGGGAAUGGGCGGUCUUCAAGUAUUCUCUGAUGGUGUCCAGUCUCUAAUUGAGAAAGGCCACAGGAAAAUAACUCCGUUUUUCAUACCUUACGCUAUCACAAACAUGGCCUCUGCUUUGCUUGCGAUUGAUCUAGGCUUGAUGGGACCCAACUAUUCGAUUUCCACUGCUUGUGCCACCUCAAACUAUUGCUUCUAUGCGGCUGCCAACCACAUCCGUCGGGGAGAAGCUGAUCUGAUGAUUGCUGGCGGAACUGAAGCUGCGAUUAUUCCUAUUGGAUUGGGUGGUUUCGUUGCUUGCAGAGCGUUGUCACAGAGAAACGACGACCCACAAACUGCUUCGAGGCCCUGGGACCAAGCUCGUGAUGGUUUUGUUAUGGGAGAAGGGGCUGGAGUUUUGGUGAUGGAAAGUUUGGAGCACGCCAUGAAAAGAGGGGCGCCAAUCAUUGCUGAAUAUUUGGGAGGUGCGGUAAAUUGUGAUGCAUAUCAUAUGACAGAUCCCAGAGCUGAUGGACUUGGAGUCUCGUCGUGCAUUCAGAGUGCCCUUGAAGAUGCAGGCGUUUCACCCGAAGAGGUUAACUACAUAAAUGCACAUGCUACUUCCACAAUCGUGGGUGAUUUAGCUGAGCUUAACGCUAUCAAGAAGGUAUUCAAGAGCACUUCUGGGAUCAAAAUCAAUGCAACUAAGUCGAUGAUAGGGCACUGUCUUGGUGCUGCUGGUGGUUUGGAAGCUAUUGCAACAGUGAAAGCAAUUACAACAGGAUGGCUUCAUCCGACCAUAAAUCAAUUUAACCGAGAGCCGUCUGUAGAUUUUGACACCGUUGCAAAUAAAAAACAGCAGCACGACAUCAAUGUUGCAAUCUCGAAUUCCUUUGGAUUUGGAGGUCACAACUCUGUUGUUGCAUUUUCUGCAUUUAAACCAUGAUCCAACUCACACUGAGUUGCUUGCAGUCGUCACAGUCUACCUCGUCUCAUUGUACUAGUCGCUCUCCUUCAGCAUUUGAGCCGGGCUUAUAUUCGUCUAAAUGGGCGCUAAGCCCUGAGUUUCUCGAGGACUAGUGUACCACCCGUGCGUUGCGUUUAUUGUAACCUCUUAUUGAAAGCAUCACUUCUCCUUCAAUCUUGUAGCAACAGCUCUGUUCUUUUUACUUGUAUUUGUCUUUUUCUUUAACAACCAUUAAAACAUUUUAUGUUACAGAGUCAAUUUUCAGCCUUA